GGCUGCCAUGUCGGGAAAAGAUCUGGAGCUCCUUUCGAACCUAUUCUCUGAAACGCAAGUAGACGAGGAGGAUGUUCAGCGAGAUCGGACAGCGAGGCUGGGCCCUGGUGAUAUCGGGCCUCCGAAGCAAGCGCCUGCUCCGAAGGAAAAUAAGAAGAAAGAUCCAAAAGCUAUCUGGGAUGAUGACGAGGUCAACGAAGAUAGAGUUCUGGACAAGAUCAGCAAGGCGGAUAAACGAGAGAAGCCCAAGCAUGAUAUUCGGUAUCGUCAGCAAGUAGGGACUGAUGAUGUUCUCGGUGCGCCGUGGAGUGUCAAGGACAAUUCAACCAUGAGCUGUCGAGAAAUGAUAGUGAAAGUUGAGAUGCCCAACACCAAGUUCUCCACGAUCAAGUUGGAUGUGACCAAGAACGAGUUUCUGGUUCAGUCCCCUAAGUACCUUCUUGGUUUGCCGCUUCCUGAGCUCGUCAACCCUGAUAAAGGAAAUGCGAAAUGGGACUCUGACAAGUGCGUGCUAGAGGUCAUCCUGCCGAUAGUUAGGGGAGAGAACUUUGCGCACUAUUCAAUGCUUGAUGACGAAGACUGUCCUAAACUGAAAGAUUACGGGAAAUCGGGGAUAGGCUACUAGCACAAAAUAGAUAACACCAUCUUUAUGAUAUUAAUACAAGAAGCACUUUACACACAUUCGAGCAGAAUUUUUCCGUGGAAAGCUCAACUGCCUCCAACAGGACAAGAGAUCCAACCCCACCCGACGCCAAGAACCAGCAAGUCAGAGCUGACCUCAGAUGCAAGAGUACAAUUGACACUGUCAUACAGAGUCGACAUGGACUUGUUAUAUGUCGCCCAGUAACCAUGCUUGCACAGCCACUGGCAUUGACACGAGUCCUCCCAGUAUGAGUUCUCAGGUUUGUCCCGACACACAACGCACGAAGAAACGUUUUGACUUGCAGAGGAUAUGCUCUGUUCCGAAGACUCAGCGACAUAAAAAUCGAUCGCCAAGAUCGAGAACGGCGAGAUCUGUCCAAUAUAGGCUCCACUCGCAUCUGCCAACGCCGCGCUGAGCUGCAUAUGGGCCAGCGAAGUGUUGAAUAGGUCGAGUACAGAGACAUUCAAGCUCAUCAAGUAAAAACGGUUCGCAUACAAAAGUGCUGCCGGAGAGAACUGAAUGAUUCCUGUCGCCGUCAAGCUCGAAGGCUCUGUCUGUAUCCACUCUCCAUCAGCUGGCUCGAUUCGAACGCUGCUCACGUUGGUGACAUUCUUCACGCCCGAAAGGAGAAACGUGGAAGCAUCUAGGAUAUCGACGUAACUCGAAACAUUGAGAAUUAUCGAGAAGAAGCUUUCUGCCAUGUAAAUUCUGUUGAAUGCUGAGACGUUGAGGAAGAAUGGGACGACAAUCUUCAAAGGAUUGGCGCCGGAUGGGAUUCCAUACAAGGACAGGCC